AUGGUACAGUGUGUAGGGGGUGAGGUUUGGAAAAGACAUAUUAAUCAGUUAUUGGAAACUAGUGUUGCUGUAACAAACCCUUGUAUUAAAACAUUAACAAACUCUGUUGUGGGGCCUAAGGAUCAAUUACCAUCAUUGCCUGGUAAGGAGGUGGUGAGAGAAGAAAGUGGAGUUGAAGAUAGCCUUGAGACUGAAAAGCAGGAUGUUCCAAAGUUAUGGAGGAGUGAGAGGAUUAAAAAAAUUCCUAAUCGUUUAAAUUUAUAA